AUGGAGAAGAAUCCUUUGGAUUGGGAUAAUUUUCUACCUGAAAUAACUCACGAAAUACUUUCUCACAUACCAGCUGAUUAUGCAUUGCAAUGCAAACAAGUAUCAAAGUCCUGGCAAACUUUCUUCGGCCAUAUGCAGGAGGGUAUGAUUUUCGCAAUUGGGUUAUACCGCAAAGAAAAAACUAAUUUUAGACUUUAUUAUGCAACUCAUGACGUGAUUGAGCAAUACAGCCGCAUCAAGAAAGAACCGAAAUACCAUAACAUUGUAAAGAUGGUCCACCUUCCUCCUAUCGGAUACAGAUAUCACAAGAACCCUUACGGGAAAUACAAAGACGUCAUUGUUGGCUCAUGCAACGGUUUGAUUUGUAUCACUCUUCCUAACGGUGUUAUAGGUGAUCCUGUUUACAUUUGUAACCCGUGUACAAGAGAAUCUGUUAACCUCCCCAAGUUAACAUCAAUCGGUUCAAAUAGCGUAGUAGUGAGUGGAUUCGGAUAUUAUAUAACUAGCGAACACAAGGUCGUUAUAGUCUACUACCCAGAUCAAAAUGUCUCCGUUGGACAUGUGGAAGUUUACACCCUUGGCAGUGGCAAUGGGUGGAGAAAUAAAGGAGAAAUUAAGUACUCAUUAUGUCGAUCACCCGGUGUUCUAGUCGAGGGAAUUCUUUAUUGGAUAGAUUACAAGGCAACGAAAAUCGUAGGUUUCAAUUUGGAAAAUGAAAAGUUUACAUUAGUUCCGUCACCACCUUGUUUAUGUCUGGAUAAGAGUGCGUCAAAUAAUAACUUGCUUUCAGUCGAACAAAGUUAUAGGCUCAAAAUAUUGAAAGGGUGUUUAUGUGUUGUGCAUUGUGUGCGAGCAAACAAACGUAUUUUAUUCAAGGGAAGUGACCGUAUUGACAUAUGGUUCUUUAUGAAGGACGACGGUCAUGGCAAAAAUUUGGAAUCGAAUAAGUACUGUCAUAGGAGUUGGAGAAGAGAAUUCAGUAUAGCCAAUAGGAAGAUCGGGGAUGAGCUCGAUCCAUUUUUUAUAACUGAGAAGAAUAAAGUUUUAUUAUGGCACUACAAGUCAAAUCUCGUGUGUUUUGAUUGUUACGGGAUAUUCCUGCGAUAUCUCCCUUUCCAAAUAUACCUGCUGUAUAUCUGUCAUAUAUCUAUUGUAUUUGUACAUUACUUGUCGUGUAAGCCAAGUUACUUUCUGUUAUAUUUCUGGUUCUUGUAUAUAAGACCAGAUACAUGUAAUUCAUCUGUACAUCUUUUUAUUUAA